AUGUCUUCCCCCAGAUCUGCCGUGCACAUCCCCCAAACCCCAGCCUUCCUUGACAGUGUCCGCCUCCGCGACAUUGAGCUCCCCCUCCCGGCCGCUCCAGACCCAUGGCAUCGUCCUGACAAACCGCAGCCCUGCACCGCAAGCCUCAAGCUAUCCUACUCAUCCGCCAUCGCCGCCGCAGAACAAGACGAUGUCUCCCUCUCCCUUGACUACGGCAAGCUCUUCCGGCGCCUGGAGACCGACGUCCGCGAAAUGGCCCACCACACCACUUCCCCGGAGCACCCGCACCACCGCAUGAUCAGCGUCGAGGGCACGCAGCGCGAGGAGAUGAAAGUUAGCGCCGUCGGCCAGGACCCGCGUGUCACGGCCGGUAUCGUAGCGAACUGCGGUCUGGGCCUACUAGACGAAACAGCCGCCGGCGUGCGCCGCAUGUCGCAUGUGCACCAGAGUCCACGGAAUAGCUUCUCGGGCGCGCAAUUGCCCCCCGUGCCUCCCCCCGCGCCUCUGUCCCCAAUUGCGGCGGAGUACGGGCGGUGCGAGGUGUGGCUGCAUCUUCCGAAGGCGCUGCUGCGUGCGGAGGAGGGGCUCAAGUAUCGGAGCGUCACGGUGUGGGGGUACAAAGAUGGCGCGGAUGCGGAGGCGUUGUUGGACUCUGAGUCGCGGUGUCCCGUUGUGUUGGAGGAGGAGUUCCGUAUUGAGGGGAUCCGAUGCUACUGCAUUCUCGGGGUGAAUUCGCAUGAGCGGGUUGAGAAACAGGCUGUUAUUAUUUCUCUGGGCUUCGAGGGUCCUGGACAGUUGGCUUGGGGGUCGACCGUAGUCGAUACGUAUGUGGCUCUGACGCGGGCCGUCGCAGAGAAAGUCGACGAGACUACCUUCCAGACUGUGGAAGCGCUGGCAACCUUCGUGGCUCGCAUUGUGACGGUGGACUUUGGCAAUGAGCGCGUCACUGUGCGUGUCGAGAAGCCCAGCGCCAUGGCGUUUGUCCAGCGCUCUGGUGUCGAGAUCACUCGGACCCAAGAAUUCUUCAAGAACCACGAGGUGGCGCGCAGGUGA